GGCAGGAUCUGCGCAGGCGCCUUCUCCUCACUAUUUAUAGCGUGCCAGCGGGUCAGGAGCCUGGUCGCGACAGCAGCGGGACGGGCGGUGCGGUGCCUCUGCACACCCCACACCUCCCCGCUCCGCUGAGCCAGACCAGCUGCACCGUCGUGUCCUGACCGAAGGCUCCUGGGAUGGCGUAUGGCAAGCAGCACCCCGAGCCUGGCGACCUGAUCGAGAUCAAGCGACAACUUUACCAGCACUGGGCCCUCUACUUGGGGGAUGGAUAUGUCCUCAACGUGACACCUGUAGAUGAAGGGGCCCCAUCCCUGUUGGUGAGCACUGCCUCAAUAUUUACAAGAAAGGCCAAGGUGAAGAAGCAGCUCCUGAAGGAGGUGGUGGGAAAUAAUGACUGGGAGGUCAACAACAAGUAUGACCGCUCCCGCACUCCCCUCCCAGUGAAGGAGAUCAUCAAGCGUGCUGAGAGCUACAUUGACAUGGAGGUGACCUAUGAUGUGCUUGGCAAAAACUGUGAGCACUUUGUGACAAUGCUCCGCUACGGCGAGAGUGUCUCUGACCAGGUAAGUAACAUGAGAUAAGCCCCUGUGUACCUC